AUGCCAUUAAAAGAAGAAAAAUUGUUUCUACAAUAUGCGGUACUGUUAAUCUGGGCCUUUGGUGUUCAGGUUGCACUUUCAACACUCAUCUUCACAAAGAAAGAAGAGGUUCACCAAGUAUGGCAUGAUGAAAUUGAUUUAAUCAUUUCUCAGUAUGGAUCUAAAGAUGUGCCUGAAGACAUACUUAAGUGGACUAUUCUGAAUGCUUUACAAAAAACAUUGCAGUGUUGUGGCCAACACAAUUACACAGAUUGGAUAAUGAAUGAGAAUAAAGAAAAUUCAGAACAGGUGCCAUGUUCUUGCACGAAUUCUACAUUAAGAAAGUGGUUUUGUGAUGUGCCACUGAAUGCAACUUACUUAGAGGGUUGUGAAAAUAAAAUCAACACAUGGUAUCAAGCUAAUGCUUUAUCAUUAAUUGGAAUUAACUUUGGACUUUUGGUUUCAGAGGUUUUGCAAAUCUCAUUAACUGUCUCUUUCUUCAGACAUAUCAAGAACAGAAUAUUUGCAGAAAUGUGAUCUUUGGAUUUUAAUUUGUCUGGAAGAAACCAGUUAAUUCGCAAAAUAAUCACAAUGUAUUCUUUUAUUCCAAAAAGUUUCUCAAUUACAUUAAUGAAGUUUAGGAGUCAUUGAAGUCAUUGGUUAUAUGUAACAUAAAAUUUUUGGAAUUAUAAUACAUCACUCCAUGAACUUUUUAUUUGGUUUUUCAACAUAUCAAAUAUUUCAAAAUAUCAAAAUAUUCUGCAGUUUAGAACUUCACCUUGAGUUAUUUUCUGAAUUCAGGGGAUAUCACGAAUAUUAAAACCAAAAUGUAGUUAAAUACUAUAAUAUAUUUUGAGUUUCUUAUGUAGAAAAUGUUAAUUAAGCAAUUAUAG